ACGAGGAAUCAUUCACACAAAAUCAGAAUACGUGCACAUUGCGAAUUUGCCUUCUAUUUCAUUUGAGUCUCCUGGAUUGAAACACGGUUAGCCGUAACAAGUCCACCUGCGGCACUACACUUCAAGCUCGCUCCUUGAUGGGAGCACUGACACUGCGACACGAGCCGCGCAGGAGUCCGGAGCGCUGUCACCGUCUUUAGCUUAUUUUCAUAUUGAAUAGCUUGCUGCUUCUUGCACUUGCAGAAUUAGCGAGCGAGCUAGCGUGUGGUAAUGGCGGACGUGGACGAUGCCGGUGCGCAUAGUCACAUGGGGGUCACAGACACAGCGGCGCGGAAACGUGGUAUCGGGCACACCAGUAAAGUACAAGAGGAAUGGAAUGAUCUGCUGUUGAGUAGAGCCAAGCUGAAACAGUCCAGCAAUACGUCGGCGCUGCUCUCGGGAUUUGCAAUGGUUGCGUUUGUUGAGAUUGAGCUGGGAGACGUGGAAGUACAGCCGUGGCUGCUCGUGCUCUUCAGUUUAGUUACCACAACUCUAGUUGGCACGCAUUUGUUCGCCCUGAUGAUAUCCACGUGUAUACUGCCUAGAAUUGCCACCACCAUGGCGCACAAACCCAGCGCCGAGAGCUUGAGUCGCUCUCCUCAUCGCCACAUACAGAACUACAUCGAAAUGUCCUGGAUUUUCAGUACGUGGAUCGGGAUCAUCCUCUUUCUGGUUGACGCUGUCUUGAUUGCCUGGGUCAAGUUUGCACCACUGGAAACGGGCAAGAAGAGAAUCACGGGCUUGGUGGUAGGAGAGCCACUGAUACGUCCUGCCGGUUCCGGUAAUACGUCGAGUAGAAAUUCUUCGUACGUCGAUUUGACGGCCGAGACUGAGCACAAGAACGCCAACCCGUACUUCUACGCCGCCAUUGCAGCGACCAUAGUGCUGGUACUGUUCAUGGCGUUCUUCAUGCUAUUCGCUUACCAGUUCUACAAGUACAUGAUAAAGCACAGAUUUCAUUUGGCAAAAACCAACCUGGAAGAGAUGAGACAGACAAUGGCAGAACUGCAAGCUCAAGAUGAGCUUGACGGACUCCGGGAUCACGAUACCUUUUCGAGGUACUCAGGUGAUUGGCACCGCACACCGGGAUCCUUCAGCCACUCCAGUAUUAACAGGUACCAUGCGUCACACGACACGGGCUUGGCCGUCGGUAUUCACGGCACGCCUGUCGGUGGGCGGCAGGCUCUCGGCCGUGACCGUGCCGGCUCCGAAGCCUCGCUGUCCUCCUACAACCCGUAUCGGCAGACAGCCGCAAGCUACGGAACGCACGCGCACACGCACAGGUCAACGUCACCCGCAGCCCCGACCGUUCACACCCAAGCUGGUUUCUCUCAGCAAUCGGACGCGAUGUAUUUGUCCCCGAAGGCAACGCCGUCCCUGCUCAUGCCCCCGCCGUCGCCUCACUACGCCAAACAGCAGGUCUCCUUGCUGCAGAUGGACCAGUCCCCGUUGCACGGCGGCCGACGGGGAAUCCCCUCCCACCAGCCGCCGCUGGAACCGUCCCCGGAGGUGUCUGCGGCGGUGGAGGCGGCGCAGGCUGCGGCUGACUCGGCUGUUCACUCGGUGUGUAUACGCGCGGGUGCCGAUAUCAACUCUGAUCACUCCGCGACCAGUCACGAAAGUCACCCUCACAUGUUCAUGACGGCAGCUGAGUACGCACAGCUCACCAGCAGUCGUCCCCACAACCCCACCGUCUGGCAGGACCCGUCGGCCGCUGCGCAAGCGGAGAUCGCCGCCAACCGGCAGUCGGCGCACAUGAUGUCGCCGCACGCCGCCUUACGCUACACGGUACCGGCUAGCUUCGAUAAUCAGAUGUCAGUCGUGUCGGACUUGUCUGCUCGUCGCAAUGAGGACGACCAGGCGUCAAACGCGACCGACGCUUCUUACUCGACAGCCACAGGCACGGCAACGGCAGUCUCACCUGGAUCAUUAACGGACAAGAAAUCACAUGUAUAUGUAGCUGAUUGGGUGCAUAGACAAGCUAAGCACAACCGGAAGACGAAAGACCAGAGCAAUCCGUCGUCUCCUCCGAGAGGCAGAGGAAUGUCUCCACCGGACAGCAUGGAAUCAGCCAUGUGACAACAAUCUUGUUCUGCUCAAGCUCGGAUUCUAGGUACUUAUAAGAUCACACUUUUCUUCAUUGCUAUCCCAGGGCAGUGCUCUUCGCGUGCAUUUACUAGAAAGAUACGCAACCGGACCGGAACAUCAGCCAACUGCCGAAAACACUUUUGAAAAGGUCUCCUGUUUUUACGUCGAUUUUAGCUCGCAUAAGGUCUUGACAUAAGCUUACACAUUCCCAACCGGCCAAAAACCUUUAUUUUCGUCUUGCGAAUUUUUUACCACUUACCACUGGAUAAAUCAGAUUUUCUAUUUUCUAAAAAAUAUUUUUCUUCUGGCUGUAUGCCAGUUCUUUCUGAAAAAAGUUGAGUUCAAGGAGGAGUUUACGGCUCAUCAUGUUCAGCUAUCUACAUUCUCUCUCUCUCUUUCUCUCUCUCUCUCUCUCUCUCUCUCUCUUUCCCUCCCUCCCUCCCUCCCUCUCUCUCUCUCUCUCUCUCUCUCUCUCUCUCUCUCCCCCUCUCUCUCUCUCCCUCUCUCUCUCUCUCGUUCUCUCUCUACCUCCAUCUCCCUCCGCUCUCCGUAGUGUGUGCUGUGUACGUUGACCUCAAGACCAUUGGUCAUGGGUGUGCACCACACCUCACCAGCACAGCUCAUGUAGCACAGCUCAUGUAGCACAGCUCAUGUAGCACCUACGCACAUGUUGUUCUCCUAGUGUUUGCUCUAUUCCCGUAGGUGCACUGUAUGUGCGCUUUGAUACAAAAAUUAAAAAAUUAGAGUAUUUGCUGGCAGCAACUUCAUGUUGCGAAACGUGUCAAAACUGUU